GCUCAAGCCACAACUUCGCUCGGCGAUUGGGUCCAGGCAGGUGUUGCGGCGCUACAUGAUAGCUCGCCCCCAAAGCCCCGCGGUGGCGGGCCAGUGCCAACGGCCUUAGCCGUGAAGCAGGCCGCUUUGCUCGGUGCGUCGCGGAGAGUUACAUGUGCGACCGCGGUGGCCCGACGAUGCAGUGGGCCUCCGUGGAGGGCACAGAGGCGAGCCAACCGCUGCCCACCGGCGCUGCUCGAGGUCACUUGAAUUUGCCCGACUCGAGUGAGCUGGUGCUGCGGUGCAGGUCUCUGACUCCGCCAGUGGGGGACUUUGGGCGGGUGUGGCGCGAGCACUGCGCAGAUGGCGAGGCACUCAGCGAGUACGCCAGCGCCAUGCGCAGCCUGGCCAGGGAGCACUGGAGCCAGCGCCGUGAGGGGGAGAACCGCAUCGACUGGUGCCGCAGCGUUUGUCUGGAAUACUUUCUGAGCGGCGGGAUGGAGAGGGCCCUGGCGAAGGAUGAGCGGCGGAGGCAGGUCACGAGCUGCGGUGGAGGAGAAGGCACAGCUACUCGGGUCGCCUACAGCCCCAGGCACAUCUCCAGUGCGAGGACUGUUGACGCGGAGGCCAAGCCACCUUGGUGGGGGGGCGAUGGCGGCUCGUGCGGGACGUCCAAUGGCGGCGGGAUGGGGGGCAGCGUGUCCGAGCGAUGGCGUCCGUCGGACAGAGGAGCGAGCGGCGCGUUCUCCCCGUACGGUAGCCCGCUCGAGGCUUCUCUUCAGCCGCCUCGACGCCAGCCGGGCGGUGGCGCAGCGCACACGGGAAAGAUCCGACUCCUGGACGUUGGGAGCUGCUUCAACCCCUUCCUGUGCUUCGACGAGUUCCAGGCUCUGGGCAUCGACAUCAUUCCAGCCGUGGAUAGCGUCUUCCGCUGCGACUUCCUCAACCUGCAGUUGGACGCGCCGCUGCAGCUGGCGCCCGAGAGCCAGGACGCCUUCCUGCGGCAGCUGCCGGGCCCCGUGGUGCGCUCGCUGCCGCGCGAGCUCUUCCACACGGUCGUCUUCUCGCUGCUGCUCUCCUACUUCCCGUCGCCGUGCCAGCGCUGGCUCUGCUGCCAGACGGCCCACGGCCUGCUGGCGCCGGACGGCCUGCUGCUCAUCGUCACGCCCGACUCGAGCCACGCGGGUCGCCACGCGGGCAUGGUGCGCAGCUGGCGUCUGGCGAUCGAGGCGCUGGGAUUCAAGCGCUGGAGAUACGUGAAGGCCUCGCACAUGCACUUGAUGGCCUUCAGGAAGGUCACCAACCAGCAUUCGAGCGACCUGCUUAGCCACAACUACCCGGAGAUGCUGUACAUCCCGCAGGACUUCACGUGGGAGGACACGGAGCGCGGGGAGAACGGGGGCGGCGAAAUGGGCCUUGGUGAACACCCCUCGGCGCGGUCGCUCUUUGAGGACAGGCUCUUGGCAGACGGCUUCUCCGAGCUCCCGGAUCUGGCCGCUUUUCCGGCGAGCCUCAACGACUCGGACUCGGAGGAGAGCCAGGCGAGCUCGUUGCAGUUCCACGAAAUGGAUGAUCCCAUCCUGCUAUUGGCCUGAUGCGAGAGGAGGCGGGGUAGACGGGGGAGGUGGGUGCCUUCUCUGUUCAUGCGCGCACCCCUCUCUCCCCUUGGUCAUUGUGCUUUAUACAGCUGCCUUCUUCCACCGCAGCAGAAAGAGUUAUGGUGUUCUUCUUCCGAUAGGAAGAAAGUUGUAAGAGUAGAGUGGAGCCGAAGAAGGUUUAUGAGAGUUUUUCUUUUUGUAGCCAGUUUUCUAAUAUUUUUACACCGUUUGCUAUUGUUUACCUUGCCUAAAUAUAGAUGUUAGACUUGUUUUUGAUGUUUUCACUUUAUGUAUGUUUUUUUGCUUAUUUUCACAUCUACGACGUGUCCUCUGGUUCUUUCAUUAUCUCUGCGUUUAGUUUUGCCGUGCGUGAAAUCGGGGCAGGUUAUAAAAAUGCGCCACUUUUGUUUCCCUGCCAGCAAUUUUGUUAGCCUUUAAACAAAGUAGAGGCAGCACUUUAAGUCUGCGAGUUGAGAGAUGAAGCUGUGGGAUGUUGUGGUGGCCAAAGUCUUAAAGAUUCUGCAGGGUCACAUUUGCAAACAAACAGAAGCUCCUGACAAUGGUCGUUCCCUUCUGUCCACCCACCAUGCUAAACAUUUUGAAAUUCAAAGCAAUAAAUAUACAAAUAAGAAUUUUUACUGCAAAGCCCAGGAGAUUUUUGAGAGCCUUUUUGUGUGUCGGUGCACUUUCAAGGUUCCCCUGCCCCCCUCUUUAUACUUUAUGGGUUUGUCGUUUGAAAGGUUUCUCUUUAAAUUGCACAGUCCUCUGCUGGCAGCAGCCUCUUGCGAUGGUGGUGCUUUCAGAGAUGUACGUACGUCCCACUACAAGACGAUGCUUUUGGUGUUCAACCUGCUGCUCGUUAUGGAAAUGAAGAACGCAGGUCACUGAAAGGCCCGCAUUGCAUUGAUGCACAACGUAUUUAUUCGUUCCACACGGCCAAUUCGGGCUGGCCGUCUGAUGAACACAAUCAACAAGCACUGAAAUGAGGAAACGCCUGGCAGAGGUGAGAAACCUACAGCCGAUAGUUUUCAAAAUACCAUUUUUAAGUGGAAUAUUUUUCAGCUAUGGUGCGGCGCACGUGUGUUUUUUUCCAAUUCAGCGUGCCGUACUCAAUUAGGAAAAUCCAUAUUGUGAUGCUAGGUUUGUUUGUAUACUAGGUAUACUAGAUUAGGGGGCAGCGUAUUUUUUUAUGCUGGGUUGGGCAAAGGAGAUUUGCAGUAUUUUUGGAUUCACCUCGGCUCACAUGAGAUGACCUUCGUUGAGUGAGGACUGGGAUGAAGAGGUGAUUUUUAACAGCUCGCUCGUGUCCCCAUUUACCCAGCAAAUGCUAAACCAGUGCUCUUAAUGUGCAAUUAAGUAAAUCAUGUGUUGUGUAACCAGGUGACAAGCCAUUGAAAUGAUCUCUUUUCUGUACAGAAGACCUGCUUGUAAACAUGGUACUGAAUAAUUUAACAGUUUCCUUUUCAAAACAUUUUUUUUAAUUUGGACUGAGCUCUGGCGCCAAAUACGCAAUGGCCCAUGACUCAUUGGAUUAUCAUCACAUUUAUAUAACUGUCAAUGCAAGUGUAGGAAAAUUGUGUGCUGGAAGCCCAACUUAAAAAUGAAUGGGCCUGCAUUUAUGACAACAAGAAACGCCGCACUGCCCUUACAAAGGUACAGUUCACCAGGUCUCGUGCAGAACGGUAAAUAAAACGAUUAUCUCCCAUCUGGUUUCACAAGCGGACAUCCAAAUCCAGCUGUGCAAAGCUACAUUACCUUUCUCUUCCAUCUCACAGGUUUAGGUUUCGGCCAGGUUACCCCCCCCUCACCUUGGCAUGUUUGGACCAAUCACACAUGGCUGCUGACACGAUAUUUCUUAGCUGGUCUAACAACUAUUGCAUCUGAAAGUAGCGUUCUGAGCUGCGGGUAUUUUUCCAUGAUACAUUGGGCGGGGGGGGGGGUGGGAGCGUUACGCACGAUAUUGAGAUCUGUGCAGUAUGCAACAUGCUAAAUGUGUUUCAAAAACACUAUUUUCUUCAUUUUGCACAUUAAAGAGGGAGGGUGCAUGCUUUACGACAGCUGCAUACAACUGGCAUUCUAAUGAUAGUCCAAAUAGCCACACCGUGUUAAUUGGGGAAACGGUGAAAAAUUUGCACAGGUCAUCUCGUUGUGUCCUUUGUCAUUAUUAUUCUUAAAAUAAUUGUUGGGGGUGGGGGGGAAUUAGUGAUAACAGUCGUUUGUUCACUUCAGUAUGCAUAAACGUAUCAUUAAGAGUUAAAGGAUUGGUUGUUAACAUUGGUGAGAGCAAUGUGUCAUUAUAUGUUUAAGAGAAAAAAUUGCAGCUAGAUUUGCUUUUCAUUUUCAAACCAAAUGUGUAUAAAUUUGACAUCUGUUCACAUGUCAAUGCUGAUACAGUUUCGUGAAAAAAAAGGUGUUUUGUUAAGUUUGAUAAGACCGGUAGGACCUCUGGCAUAUAAACAUGUGCCACGGCUAAAAAAAAAACCGGCGUGUUAGAAUAGAAUUUAAAUCUGUGUUACCUUGACAUGACAUUUGUUUUUUUUAGAUGUUAAAUAAAAGUGCCAAGUGUAAAA